GCUAUCGGGAGAGUGUGUGAAAGGUGUACAUUACUUCAAGCCAAUAAUAGCCCUGGCGUGUUGUGUGCAGUGAGCGAGCGUGCGGCGAGUGGAAUCAGAGCGUCCGAACUCCGUGGUUGUUUUCAGGAGGCAGAGAGGGGUGUAUGGGGAGGUGCAGGAAGAGACGAGAGAGUGUGUCAGAGCAGAAGGACGAGUCUUCCGUUUUUUUGUUUCAUCUCCUGCACGAAGAGCCGGGCCGCCGAGUCGCCGUGGACAUUUAAAAUUUUAAAUCUCCAGUCACCCGCGAGCAGUGAAACUCCGCGUCGAGAGGACAUCACCACCCAUCGUGGUGGUGUGAAGAGGACAUCACCACCCAUCGUGGUGGUGUCAAGAGGACAUCCCCACCCAUCGUGGUGGUGUCAAGAGGAUAUCACCACCCAUCGUCAUCGUCGUCUCUUCGUCUCCUCCUGCAAAACCCGUCGCAUAAAUCGAGGGACUACUUGCGAAUAAGCGCAGACCAGCAGCUGCAGUUGCAACAGUAGCUAGCAGCAGUAGUAGCAGCAGACCAGCUGUAGUGGCAACAGUAGCUAGCAGCAGUAGUAGCAGCAGACCAGCUGUAGUGGCAACAGUAGCUAGCAGCAGUAGUAGCAGCAGACCAGCUGCAGUGGCAACAGUAGCUAGCAGUAGUAGCAGCAGGCCAGCUGCAGUGACAACAGUAGCUAGCAGCAGUUCUUAGUAGCAGCAGACACAGCUGCAGUGGCAACAGUAGCUAGCAGCAGUAGUAGCACCAGACCAGCUGCAGUGGCAAUAGUAACUAGCGGCAGUAGCAGGCGUAGUAACAGCAGCACUAGUAGUAGCAGCAGCAGCGGUAAGUAGCAACAGCAGUAGUAGCAUACAUUCUAGCAACCACAGUAGCAGCAACAGCAGUAGCAGCAGACAUUCUAGCAAUAGCAGUAGUAGCAAACAUUCUAGCAAUAGCAGUAGCAGCAACAGCAGUAGCAGCAGACAUUCUAGCAAUAGCAGCAGUAGCAUACAUUCUAGCAACCGCAGUAGCAUCAACAGCAGUAGCAGCAGACCAGUAACAGCAGCAACUUGGGUCCCUGCACGCUUCUUGAGCCCUAAAAUCGAAUUCCGAAUCGCGGGUUCUGUUUGUCGUUGUCAUUUGAGAGAAAUCGAGAGAGAGAGACAGAGUGCGGAGAAAAAGACAGACAGACACAACACGGAGAGAGAUAUAAGGAGAGAGAAAUGUUUAUUCGUGUUUAGUUUAAAUCGUAGUAGUAGGACUUUCGCGACCGAUAUGAGUUUACGACUUCAGCAGCACGAACUGAUUGUGUGUUAGAGAGUAAACACCCAGAACAAACAACAACAACCAGGUUCAUCAGACGAUUAUCCAUAAUUGUGAAGAAAGUCUUCCUGUUUGGAUCUUAAAUAGAGGCAAUCAUCGACUUACGAACACUCGCACUUAAGAACACUCGCACUUAAGAACACUCGCACUUAAGAACACUCGCACUUAAGAACACUCGCACUUAAGAACACUCGCACUUAAGAACACUCGCACUUAAGAACACUCGCACUUAAGAACACUCGCACUUAAGAACACUCGCACUUAAGAACACUCGCACUUAAGAACACCCGACUUACGGACACCCGACUUACGAACACCCGCACUUACGAACCCAACAACAACAACAACGUCUACAAUUCGAGAAGCUGUGUGACUUUUCACCGGUGAUCAAAACCAACAGACAAACAACAAACAUCAGGCGUUUCGCCGGCAUUGCGAAGAGAAGAUCGCCGACCGCACUCCACCGAUCGCCGUUCGCGAUUAGCUUCGACAUGAGGUCGCACGCUCAGCUCGUGAAGGCCGCCAUCGUCUUCCUGAUGGGCAGCUGCGUGUGGCUGCUGCUCCUUAGCCUCGUUUGGACUUCGCAGCUGCAGCCCAGGCUGACGCCGAGGCUGGCACCCCAAAUGGGUUGCGUGUGCCAGGACCGCGUGGAAAUCUCCAACAAUAACCGCGUGGACGUCACCAAUAAGCCGUCUCUGAAUUGCAGGACGGAAGCGCAAACGGCGGUGGAGAUGGCGUGCACGCUGAACCUCCAGAGGAUCGCCGUGCAGGGGAUUCCGGCCAAGUUCAGCCAGGAGAGCAUCGUGAACGAUGUGCUGAGUGUGCACGUGUGCCCCUGGGCACCCAACUUCUCCGCCACUCUCAACUUCCAGGAGAGUCACCGGAACGCGACGGGCGGUGCGGGCCGGGUGAUGGUGACGCAGACGAACUCCCCCAUCAACUCCAACAUAACGUACGACGCCAGCAAGAAGACGAUCACAGUGGACGAAAACCUGCACAGCAUUUUCAUCAAGGAGUUCCCCGAGCGGAGUGGGCGCUACCCUCGCUGCGCCGUCGUGGGGAACGGAGGGAUCCUCACCAACAGCUCCUGCGGCUCCCAGAUCGACGCAGCCGACUUCGUGAUCCGCUGUAACCUGGCUCCUGUGGACGGGAAGUUUUCCAACGACGUUGGGACGAAAACAAGUCUGGUGACAGCGAAUCCCUCCAUCAUCAUAAAGAAAUUCCAGUCGCUCAAUGCCAGACGAACGCCCUUUGUCAAGGAGAUGGAGGCAUAUAAAGACACCAUCAUCCUCGUGUCCGGCUUCUCAUUCGCAUCCCUAACACCGAUUGCCAUGAGGCUCGCCUUCACACUGGAGGACUUCAGAGCGCAGCAGAGGGUCGCCUUCUUCAACCCCGACUACAUGAGGGCCAUCGCGCGCUUCUGGAAGGGCCAGGGGGUGAACGAGCCGCGACCCUCUUCGGGGCUCAUGAUGACGAGCGUGGCCAUGGACCUGUGUGACGAGGUGCAUGUCUACGGCUUCUGGCCGUUCGACCAGGCAGUCCUGGCCAGGGCGGGCGGUGCGGGGGUGGAGCUGACGCACCACUACUACGACGACCAGAAGCCCAACCGGCGCCACUCGAUGCCCCACGAGUUCCUGGAGCUGCUGGCGCUGCACAGCCGCGGGGUGCUGCGGAUGCACGUGGGGGAGUGCGCGGCGCCUUGAGGGGGGACGACGCCCUCAGAGACACGUGGGGGGAGAGGGGGAGGAAGAGGAUCGAGGGGGGGAGGAGGAGGCUCUCGAAUCGGGCGAGGAUCUUGUUGUUGACGUGGGGGCGCGAAGAGACAAUGGUAGCGGUGAUGAUGAUGAUGGUGGCGAUGGUGGCGAUGAUGGGGAUGAUGGGGAUGAUGGGGAUGCCAGUGAUGAUGAUAGGGAUGAUGGUGAUGAUGAUAGGGAUGAUGGUGAUUAGGAUGAUGAAGGUGAUGGGGAUAAUGAUGAUGGGAGGAGGGGAUUAUUCCGCGAUGGAGGGAAGAAGCGGAGAGUGUGAGGUGGCCUGCAGUCUGGGUGGGUGAUGAUUUAAAAGUGCACAGCUCCCAGUGUCUUCCGAACAUUGGAAGGAAGAGCGUUCCAGACGGAGCGCAUCUGAAAGCGCCGCGAUGCCAUGACCGUCUUUAUUCGAUGGCCAAGCUAAAGUGUAGUGUACAGUGUAGUGUAUAGAGUAGUGUAUAUUGUAGUGUAUAGAAGUGGAUAGGGUCGUGUAUAGUGUAGGGUGGGGAUCGAACCUACGACCGCCUGUAUAUCAGGCGAGGUAGUUAACAUCUCCUAGCCACCGUGAUGAUGAGAGAGAGAGAGACACGCAGACUCCAAAUAUACAGCAGCAGGCGUCAGGGUCGGGAUCGAACCCACGACAUCCUGUACACCAGGCGAGGUAGUUAUCAUCUUUCCCUCAAGUUGAGGAGCACCUGGUUCGUGGUUUGGUUCGAUACCCGGCAUCGACGUCGUCAGCAGCAACAGCGGCAUGGCGAUUGAAGGCACCGUCUUGCGUGAUGGUGCGCACGUUACAAGGGUGGAAGAAGGAGGAGGAGGAGAAACGACCCAGAUCCGCGGUACAGCCACGGUGAGAGGUGGCAUCGCAAAAUUUGGGGCAAUUAACGGGAAACCACGUGGGCUGUCAGUUGGGGCAGUUAGCGGACAGUCACGUGGGCUGUCAGUUGGGGACAGUUAGCGGGAAACCACGUGGGCUGUCAGUUGGGGAGUUAGCGGGAGACCACGUGGGCUGUCAGUUGGGGACAGUUAGCGGGAAACCACGUGGGCUGUCAGUUGGGGACAGUUAGCGGGCAGCCACAUGGGAUGUCAGUUGGGGCAGUUAGCAGGAAACCACGUGGGUUGUCAGUUGGGGAGUUAGCGGGAGACCACGUGGGCUGUCAGUUGGGGAGUUAGCGGGAGACCACAUGGGCUGUCAGUUGGGGACAGUUUGCGGGAAACCACGUGGGCUGUCAGUUAGGGAGAGUUAGCAGGAAACCACGUGGGCUGUCAGUUGGGGGCAGUUAGCGGGAGACCACGUGGGCUGUCAGUUGGGGACAGUUAGCGGGAAAUCACGUGGGCUGUCAGUUGGGGGAAGUUAGCGGGAAACCACGUGGGCUGUCAGUUGGGGGGCAGUUAGCGGGAGACCACAUGGGCUGUCAGUUGGGGACAGUUAGCGGGAAACCACGUAGGCUGUCAGUUGGGGGCAGUUAGUGGGAAACCACGUGGGCUGUCAGUUGGGGAGAGUUAGCAGGAAACCACGUGGGCUGUCAGUUGGGGGCAGUUAGCGGGAGACCACGUGGGCUGUCAGUUGGGGACAGUUAGCGGGAAAUCACGUGGGCUGUCAGUUGGGGGCAGUUAGCGGGAAACCACGUGGGCUGUCAGUUGGGGGGCAGUUAGCGGGAAACCACGUGGGCUGUCAGUUGGGGGCAGUUAGCGGGAAACCACGUGGGCUGUCAGUUGGGGGCAGUUAGCGGGAAACCACGUGGGCUGUCAGUUGGGGGCAGUUAGCGGGAAACCACGUGGGCUGUCAGUUGGGGGCAGUUAGCGGGAAACCACGUGGGCUGUCAGUUGGGGACAGUUAGCGGGAAACCACGUGGGUUGUCAGUUGGGAGCAGUUAGCGGGAAACCACGUGGGUUGUCAGUUGGGAGCAGUUAGCGGGAAAUCACGUGGGCUGUCAGUUGGGGACAGUUAGCCGGAAACCACGUGGGUUGUCAGUUGGGAGCAGUUAGCGGGAAACCACGUGGGUUGUCAGUUGGGAGCAGUUAGCGGGAAAUCACGUGGGCUGUCAGUUGGGGACAGUUAGCGGGAAACCACGUGGGUUGUCAGUUGGGAGCAGUUAGUGGGAAACCACGUGGGUUGUCAGUUGGGAGCAGUUAGCGGGAAACCACGUGGGCUGUCAGUUGGGGACAGUUAGCGGGAAUCCACGUGGGCUGUCAGUUGGGGGCAGUUAGCAGGAAACCACGUGGGUUGUCAGUUGGGAGCAGUUAGCGGGAAACCACGUGGGCUGUCAGUUGGGGACAGCGGGAAACCACGUGGGUUGUCAGUUGGGAGCAGUUAGCGGGAAACCACGUGGGCUGUCAGUUGGGGGCAGUUAGCGGGAGACCACGUGGGCUGUCAGUUGGGGGCAGUUAGCGGGAGACCACGUGGGCUGUCAGUUGGGGGCAGUUAGCGGGAGACCACGUGGGCUGUCAGUUGGGGAGUUAGCGGGAAACCACGUGGGCUGUCAGUUGGGGGCAGUUAGCGGGAGACCACGUGGGCUGUCAGUUGGGGACAGUUAGCGGGAAACCACGUGGGCUGUCAGUUGGGGACAGUUAGCGGGAAACCACGUGGGCUGUCAGUUGGGGACAGUUAGCGGGCAGCCACGUGGGAUGUCAGUUGGGGACAGUUAGCGGGAGACCACGUGGGCUGUCAGUUGGGGGAAGUUAGCAGGAAACCACGUGGGCUGUCAGUUGGGGCAGUUAGCGGGAAACCACAUGGGUUGUCAGUUGAGGACAGUUAGCGGGAAACCACGUGGGCUGUCAGUUGGGGCAGUUAGCGGGAAACCACGUGGGCUGUCAGUUGGGAAAAGUUAGCAGGAAACCACGUGGGCUGUCAGUUGGGGCAGUUAGCGGGAAACCACGUGGGUUGUCAGUUGGGUCAGUUAGCGGGAAACCACGUGGGAUGUCAGUUGGGGGCAAUUAGCGUGAAACCACAUGGGCUGUCAGUUGGGGCAGUUAGCGGACAGCCACGUGGGCUGUCAGUUGAGGACAGUUAGCGGGAAACCACGUGGGCUGUCAGUUGGGGCAGUUAGCGGGAAACCACGUGGGCUGUCAGUUGGGGACAGUUAGCGGGAGACCACGUGGGCUGUCAGUUAAGGACAGUUAGCGGAAAACCACGUGGGCUGUCAGUUGGGGCAGUUAGCGGGAAACCACGUGGGUUGUCAGUUGGGGACAGUUAGCGGGAGACCACGUGGGCUUUCAGUUGGGGACAGUUAGUGGGAAACCACGUGGGUUGUCAGUUGGGGACAGUUAGCGGGAGCGGGAAACCACGUGGGCUGUCAGUUGGGGGCAGUUAGCAGGAGACCACGUGGGCUGUCAGUUGGGGACAGUUAGCGGGAGACCACGUGGGCUGUCAGUUGGGGACAGUUAGCGGGAAACCACGUGGGCUGUCAGUUGGGGACAGUUAGCGGGAGACCACGUGAGUUGUCAGUUGGGGACAGUUAGUGGGAAACCACGUGGGUUGUCAGUUGGGGACAGUUAGCGGGAGACCACGUGGGCUGUCAGUUGGGGACAGUUAGUGGGAAACCACGUGGGUUGUCAGUUGGGGACAGUUAGCGGGAGACCACGUGGGCUGUCAGUUGGGGGCAGUUAGCAGGAGACCACGUGGGCUGUCAGUUGGGGACAGUUAGCGGGAGACCACGUGGGCUGUCAGUUGGGGACAGUUAGUGGGAAACCACGUGGGCUGUCAGUUGGGGACAGUUAGCGGGAAACCACGUGGGCUGUCAGUUGGGGACAGUUAGCGGGAGACCACGUGGGCUGUCUGUUGGGGGCAGUUAGCGGGAAACCACGUGGGCUGUCAGUUGGGGACAGUUAGCGGGAAACCACGUGGGCUGUCAGUUGGGGACAGUUAGCGGGAGACCACGUGGGCUGUCAGUUGGGGACAGUUAGCGGGAAACCACGUGGGCUGUCAGUUGGGGACAGUUAGCGGGAGACCACGUGGGCUGUCUGUUGGGGGCAGUUAGCAGGAAACCACGGGGGCUGUCAGUUGGGGGCAGUUAGCGGGAAACCACGUGGGCUGUCAGUUGGGGCAGUUAGCGGACAGUCACGUGGGAUGUCAGUUGGGGCAGUUAGCGGGAAACCACGUGGGCUGUCAGUUGGGGGCAGUUAGCGGGCAGCCAUGUGGGAUGUCAGUUGGGGCAGUUAGCGGGAAACCACGUGGGCUUGCAGUUGGGGGCAAUUAGCGGGAAACCACGUGGGCUGUCAGUUGGGGACAGUUAGCGGGCAGCCACGUGGGAUGUCAGUUGGGGACAGUUAGCGGGAGACCACGUGGGCUGUCAGUUGGGGGCAGUUAGCGGGAGACCACGUGGGCUGUCAGUUGGGGGCAGUUAGCGGGAAACCACGUGGGCUGUCAGUUGGGGGAAGUUAGCGGGCAGUCACGUGGGCUGUCAGUUGGGGGCAGUUAGCGGGCAGCGACGAGAUCCGGGCGCAAACAGCCGGGCAGCAGUAGAAGCUCGAAGUCGCAGCAGCGCCAUCGCUAGAUGUUGCUGCUGUUGUUGUUGCUGCUUCUGUGGAUCAGUGGGUGGAUGGACGGGUGAGUGAGUGAAUUGUUGAGUGAGUAAGUGAAAGGGCGAAUGAUUGACUGAGUGAGUGGGUGGAUGAGUGAGAUGGAGUUGGAGACUCUCCAACUGAACCUGCAGCGUGCCUCUAAGAGAUGGGGGCCUUGCCAUCAGCCCCACAAAAACAGAGCAUGUUUGUUUGCAUGUUCACCACACGGACGUGUAUGCUUAAUGCAGACUUGAUUCCUUGCAACAGGUAUAUCUGUUUGGUGUUCGAACAUCCAAACAAGGGUAAAAGCUACUCUUAUUUUUUCAUACUUUGAUACUGGCAAAAAAGGUGCCAUUAUGAAAAAACAAAGCACCUGCCUGGUUACUUUAUGCCGUCAAACGCUGCCCUCCCUUAGCUCCCCACGAGUGACGGGUGGUUGUGGAAAAAGAGUGGAAAAGUAUCCGUGCCUGGGCAGUGUGCUUUUGACCAACCGCGGUUUAGUCGAGGGGCAUCAUUGCGUCUUUAUCAUCUGCAAAAUGCCGCUGUGUGGAAGUUACCUGGCUGGUCGCUCCACACAGCUUUGCCCUCCCUUCUCUAUGCAUGUGAGCGUGUGUGUCUGUAUGUGUGUGUGGGGGAGACAAAGGCGGUCGGGCGAGGUGCUGGCCACCCACCCCCCUCGUGUACCGUUCCGGCCUUCAUAGGUGCUCGCCAACAGCACUUGCCCCUACAGUCUGUUAAGGCUAUACGGGGGAUCUUUGUCUUGACUGUGUGUGGGGAGCAGUAGUUUAGUCGUUAGCACGCUGCGCUACGAACCUCGCGGUCCAAGUUCGAUUUCAGCUCACGGCAAACAACCAUCGACGAUUAUUUGAACUGGUCCUGGGCCACCCCUAGGUUGACUCGGCCUUAAAUGAGUACCUGGUGCGGUGUGUAGUAAAAAUCGCCACUGGGGAGACAAAGGCGGCCGGGCGUGGUUGCUGGCCACCCACCUUCUCGUAUGUCGUGCCGGCCUUCAUAGGUGCUUGCUAAAAGCACUUGCCCCUACAGUCUGUUCAGGCUAUACGGGGGGUCUUGUCUUUUGGGUGUGUAAGUGGGUGUGUGAGUGGAUGAGUGAGUUGGUGAGAUAGUGGGUGGGUAAGUGGGUGAGUGAGUGAGUUGGUGAGUGGGUGGGUGGGUGAGUGACUGAGUGGGUGAGUGAGUGGGUGAGUGAGUGGGUGAGUGGAUGGGUAAGUGGGUGAGUGACUGAGUGGGUGAGUGAGUGGGUGAGUGAGUUGGUGAGUGGGUGGGUGAGUGGGUGAGUGACUGUGUGGGUGAUUGAGUUGGUGAGUUGGUGAGUUGGUGAGUUGGUGAGUGGGUGGGUGAGUUGGUGAGUGGGUGAGUGAGUGGGUGGGUGAGUGGGUGAUUGACUGAGUGGGUGAGUGAGUGAGUGAGUGGGUGGGUGAGUGGGUGAGUGAGUGGGUGAGUGACUGAGUGGGUGAGUGAGUUGUUGAGGCGCCUUUUGGCGUCCUCAAAAGAAAGCCUCUGGUGUGGACCAAUCAGUUUCAAAGACAAUGCAUAUAUUAUACUGGUAGGAACCUCCUGGUUACACCAGCCCACAGGAGAUUAUUGUGUCCGUCCGUCCGUCCGUCGUACAUCCAAA